GACAGAUGGCAGGGCGUCUCUCCCGGGCCGUGUCGCAUGCACUAUCAGUUUCGCUCGGAUGUUCGUACACGAGUUUUAUCGCGCUCUUCCACGACGUUCGCGUUCGUGAAAGUCGUACCGUAGACACCCUCGUUCUUGUUGCACGUUCUUUCAAUCGUGGAAAUUAAAUCAACGUCGUAAACGCGAACGUUCCGCGAAGGCGAAUCGGUUUUUGGGUUAGGGAAAAUAGUGUCGUCGUCGUCGGGGGCUUCCGAUGGAUGAAAUUGCUGACAGUUCAAUUUGCAUAACGGAAAUGGUUUAAGAAGAAAAUAGGAGACUGAUCCAGAUAUUUCUUUUGUUCCAUCAGGCCUUUUGUUUUCCAUUUUUUUUUCUUCUUCUUUUUUUUUUUUUUCCCCCAACGUGCACGGACUGAUCGAACGAUCGAACACGUUCGUUGGUCAAUUAACCAGUAGCAAAGGGAGGAAUGUGGUAGCGGGAACACACGAGUGGAGCGUGUAUCGAGGAAACCAGAGGACUAUGGGAAAGAAGUAUCGGGGACGUUUUCUAUGCAUGCCUACACAUAAAUUGCGAAUUGCUGUGACAUAAUGGCGACAUCGAGCGAAAAACCCAAGGAAAAUCGGAUGGUAUCGAUUCGUCCGAUACUUUCGCCCCGCGAUUUCGAUUACGCGCCUUUGUCCCGAGAUGCAAUAUAGAAGAAUCGUUUCUGGAUUAUUACGCCGUGGUAGGAGGAGAUUAACGAAGCGCAGGAAGGGAUAAUUCGCGAUUAAUUGGCGAGUGAAAGUCGUGGAAGAGCCGGCGACGCUGUGAAAUCCCAUUGUCGAGGAAACCGAGAGGAUCGCGGUGGGUGCAUCUUCGAUAGAGCGAGGGAUACAUCGUACAACAUCGUGAAUCGACUAUGAGAGAGAAAAACAAAAAAUGAAGGGUGUACUGUUUGCCCUGAGUCUGUUGUUUUCGGCGCAAGGACUCGCCCGGGGUACGUCCGAUCACGGAAUGUACGAGAAUCGUGCACUGGAGACGCUCGAUCGGGGACCAUACUUCGACGUUACGGCCUCUCGCAACGUCACAGCGUUGGUCGACAAGACGGCCACGCUAAACUGCAGAGUUCGUAAUCUGGGCGAUCGUACGGUGUCCUGGGUGAGACACAGGGAUAUUCAUCUUCUAACCGUCGGCGUCGAAACGUACACCUCUGACCAAAGAUUCGUGGCGUCGCACUUUCCACGGACGGAGGAUUGGACGCUGCAAGUGAAAUUCCCUCAGCCCCGUGAUUCUGGAAUCUACGAGUGUCAAGUGUCAACGACGCCGCCGAUCGGUCAUUCCAUGCAUCUCUCGGUCGUCGAGCCUGUGACGUCGAUCGUCGGGGAACCAGAGAUGUUUAUAAACAAAGGCAGCACCAUGAACCUAACCUGCGUGGUGCGUCACAGCCCUGAACCACCCACCGCCAUUUACUGGACCCAUGAUCGCGAGGUGAUCAACUACGACAGCCCCCGGGGCGGUGUAUCGGUGAUCACGGAGAAAGGAGAAGUUACAACCUCGUAUCUCCUGGUGCAGCGUGCUCAGGCUGCAGAUAGCGGACAGUAUACCUGCCACCCUAGCAACGCUAAUACAAAGACCGUCUUGGUGCACGUUCUUAACGGGGAACAUCCAGCAGCCAUGCAACACGGUGGUCAACUAAGGCUGGCGAAUCUACCCUUCGUAAUGAUCUCGACAACCCUGCUGGCUUUCCUCAACCAUCGCUAUUGAACGAACGUUCCGUGGGAUCACGAAUACAUUCAUUCUAGACAUUCUUCGAUUAAAUUGCGUCGUCAGUGGUAGCUGCUUUCCGAAAACCGAUUAGCCGACGGGGAACUGUGCCUCUACGGCUAACGAGAAGUCACAGCCGUCGUGAAAAAUACGCGUCGCGGGGAAGAGAGACAUCGGUGAGAAAUAGGACGGUAAAGUGAUCCUUGCUGCGUUGUAGUUCGAAGGAGAUAAGAAAAAAAAGUAUAUA